CACCGCUUUUGCAAGAGGGAGUAGGUACUUGUUGGUGAAGAAGGUGUUGACGUACGAAAUGAGCCAUCGUCUGCCCACCUACAAGUACACCACCACCACGCCCACACCCACUUGCCCACCUGCGGCCAACCCACACGCACGCAUCACGCCAACCUGCCUACACCCAUAGAAAAUACCAAUACGAGUGAGUAUGCACAUAUACGGCCGAGACUGGAUGACCUAAUCAGUCAGCACGACAACCACACACACACAUACAUACCUACGUGUAUACAUACCUACAUAGCUACAGAGGAGUGAGUGAGUGAGUGGGUCGUGUACGAAUGCGAAUACACGGGCGGCACAUGCUCAGAAUGACGCCAUGCAUGGCUGUCUGUCUGUCUGUCCAUAGAGACGGGACGGAAAAACAAAGUCAGUCACUCAGCCCUCCAUCCAGAUCGAUCAUGUGUUGAUCUUGGGCGGGGCGUAGGUGCCGUCGAUCGCCUUCAUGUACAGCUCCAGACGGGGGGAGAGAACCCUACCGAAGCCGUCUUCGGCUACCUGCGAACAAUCAAACAGUGAUCGGGUGAAUUGUUCAGACAUCAGCCGCAAAGCAGCAGAGUUGUGCAUACGCCUCUGGCCAUCUCCAGGUAUGUCGUGUCGCUCCCCGGGGGGACUGUGGCCAUCGUCAGCACCACGGCAAACACCAACACGGCCUCCUCGGCUGCAUACCGACACAGACAGGUCGUGUGUGUCAUGAAUGGUCUGUCUGUCUGUCUGUCUGUGUCUAUGUGGGUACUUCCGAACACAAUGUAGCGCUGUCCAUCGCCAUGUGCGAUCUGCUGCAGCACCGUCUCGACAGCAGGUGUAAGUUGUGCGAGUGGGGCGUCGGGAGGGCUGGGCAGCAGCACCAUGUCGCCCACAACCUGUGGGACACCACACCCCAGACAAGCAUAGAAGUAAGCGCCUUCCUGCUCGCCUCGCACGCCCUACAUACGUGUAUGUUGCUGCUGCUGAGAUUGAUGUAUGUGUAGGGCUUGACGGCUUUGUCUGGAGGGAAGACCGAGUCCACCUGACUCCACACACACGCACACCCACUUCCACACACACAUGCAUGCAUUCGAUGGUCGCUUGCUUCGGGUCUGACCACAUUCAAGUACGGUGUGGAGAUACAGAAGCACCAGCGGCCACCUUUGAGUUCGACAAUGUGCAUAGGGGUCCGCUGGGCAGACAACCUGCAUGCCAUGCAAUUCAUGUGCAAUAGAUCAAUGAGGCAGAAACACAGACAGACACGAGGCGCGCCCACUCACAAGUAGGUGUCCUGAUACUGAGCGUGGCUCUUCUGCACAGCACAAACAGACAGAGGGGGAGGGACACACGACACCCAACCAUUGCACACUCACCCACUCACCCACCGCCCUACCUGACGAAUCUGUGCUGUGAUGACGUCCUGCUGCUCCUCCUGCACACACACGCACGCCACCAUCAUCAGCACACCAGACCAUGCAGCCCAUUCGUGUCAUCGCUUCUGUGCAGGCCGACCGGUGACAGGCCAGUGGGGAUCGCCUGAGGCGACGUCGACUCGGGCUGCACAGACACAGAAACAAAGCGGCAAGGGAAUCGCCUGUCCCAUGCCCUCCCAUGCGGCUCGUGAUCUUACUUCGGUCACCGGCUGUGCGGCCUGAGAGCAGCUCACACGUGCACCACGCACCACACAAACCACACACACCCACGUCAGCACACCCCGGCAGACAGACAGACAGACAGACAGACAGCCCGGCAACGUACAACAAGAAGGGACGGGAGGACGACUGGCUGACAGCCCGGCAACGUACAACAAGAAGGGACGGGAGGACGACUGGCUGCGAGGCAUCUGUGUACCUGGCUGGUGUCAGCAGCAGCGGCAGCAGCCUGCCUAUUCCCCAUUCCGUCCGAGAAACAAAACCCAAUCGGAAACACGCGGAGGGGAGCCGCU